AUGGCCAAAAAGGCGGCAUCCUCUCAGCCUCCAAAGCGGGUCCUCCCCGCAAAGUCAGAAUCGUCCGAAUCUCACACAGACACGACCGAACAGAGGCUCGACGCCGACUCGAGCUCGGACUCCAAGCUUCAUAUUGCCGAGAAAGAGGUCAAGAUCUACAAGACCAUCUCCCGAGUGCAUCGCGCCUGCAAUGCUUGUCGCAAGCAAAAGGCUCGUUGCGAAGGUCCCGAGAAUCCGCCCUGUCGUCGUUGCAACCAAGUCGGCAUCGAGUGCAUCUUUGAGAAACCGCCCAAAGACCCGCCGUCCUCCAACUCUGAUGCUCUAGAUGCUAGCGCCAACUCGGGCCGCAUUCGUAUGCUCGAGACACAAAUGUCGGGCAUGCAAAACAUGAUCGCCGAGCUGGUGGCUUCGAUCAAGGCGAAUACCAAUGCGAUCACUGCUCCGCCACAAACAACGCCAUCCUCGAACCCGCUACCACCCCAUCAUUCUCCUCAGGCAUCAGUCGCAUCUUCAGCUUCGCCCAAUUCGUCGCGUGCGUCAAGACCGGAUCCGAAUCGUGCGCAUCGCCACCAGCAGAGUGUCCCACUGCAACAGCAGCAUCCGUAUGCGCUACCUCUGCACCAUCGGGAUUCACAACGUCCCAUCUCGCCUACUGGAGAGAGCAUACAGAUGCAUUCGACAGAUGGCCGAACUGCGCACCAUCCGCAACGUCCCCCCUAUUCGUCCUCUAAUCGAUCCUUUGGCAGCAGCAAGAGCUUCGCAGCCGUAGCUUCUGCCUCGAUGCCUUCCAUGCCCGUUCAUGCUGCGCAAGCGUAUCCUCUCCAGCAACCCCCUCCUUAUCAAACGACGUACGGCCAUCCUCCAGCCAGAUCCGAUCACAAUGUGCUACAACAUCAACAGCAGCCCGAUCUCGAAUCCUUCGACAGUACAUCCCACCCUCCUAGCAUGUGGAAUGCUGUUGGCGUCAACACAGUUUCGUCAUCACAUUCGCUGAAUGCUCACGCGAAACGUCAACCCGAUUCACGAGUCGGAUCCGAGCAAGAUGACCGCGGUCGACCUUCUCAUUCGUGGCAACAUCCGGGCUUGAGUCGCUCUUGCACGUCUCCAGCAAGCGCAGCGGCAGCCGCUGCUGCUGCGGUCAGAACCUCUUCUGGCUGGACACCAACGUCGUCGGCGCCUAGCCAUCAAUCACAUCAAUCGAGCCGUCGACGAUGGGCCUCUUCCGAUCGUGCCAACAGCCACUCGCACAGCCUCGAUCAGCAUCUCACCCCAUCCGACGAAGCGGCAACCGGCGAGACCAGCGAGCCGCACGAGACCGAUAUCAGCAACGACCAGCUCAGUGCGCCCAUCGAAGCGCUUCGAGGUCUAGCCGAUGCUGCUGCCGCAGCUGCCGAGCCCGAAGGUCAUACGUCCAACGACUCGAGCGACGAGAAACAGCCCGAAGGCAGUCCUGGUGGUAGAAAUAAGCACACGCACAGGAAGAAUGACUCGGGUGUUACGCCAGCACUUCAGCUUGUCGAUGAGCAAGGCAAUCGUACCGCCCUUCGCGAGCAAGGCGCCGAGUCACACGAUGCAAGUGCCCCAUCUCCUCGCAAAAGAAAACGACGCGAUACUUACGCCGACUCGCCAAAAUCUGCACCAGCAACAGCCACUGGUCUCGAAGGUAAGACUGGUGGUGCUGGCACGAAUGCAUCAAUCGCAAGCGCAUUCAAUGCUGGCUCAGACCCUACUUCUGCUCCUUCUCCUGGUAGCCGUUCGCGCAAGAUGGAAGCGCCCGGUCUUGUGUCUAGUGCACCCGGUGAUUUGAUCACACUGGGUCUGGUCAACGAGACGGACGCGAUGCGUCUGUUUGAAACUUUCCAAAAGGGCGUUCCCAAGUUCAUCUCGAUCUUUCACCUGGAGGAUGAAUCCAUGACCACAGAAGAAGCGUUUCAUUACGUACGCACCACUUCGUACUUUUUGUUCAACGUGAUGCUCGCGAUCGGAGCCAAAGUCGAGUGCGGUGGCAAGAGUCCCAGCCGCUUGUACCAGACGUGCAUGGCUCAGGCUAAGCGCAAUGCCAAGGAUACCAUGUUCAGUCCGGUAGCGGGCAAAGCAGCUGUACAGGCCAUGGUGUUGCUCGCUGCGUAUAGCGAGAAUGGCUGGCUUCCGCUGGGGUUGUCGAUCCGAAUGGCGCAGGAGCUGGGACUGGAUCGAUCUUUCCAGAAGCUCAUGUCGGCUCUUCCCUCUUCAGGCUACAUUCGUCACCCACAGCCGCCUCCGCCUCCGAAGCAUUUGACGUUCUAUCACAACUCGCCUUCGUCUCACUAUACCGGUUCGCCGACCGACGUCAAUUCGUUCGGAGGCGAAUCCGUCGAUGGCAAAACGGGUGGUGCUGCCGCGAACGUCGCAGGUGCCAAUGCAGUCGCUGCUAACGCCACUGCCCAGGGCAACAUGGACGAUAAGGCCAGGCGCGAGUUGGACGAGCUCAAGGAUCUCGCACGAGGUUCCCGAUUGUGGUUCUUCCUCUUUCUGUUCGACCAUCAGGCGAGUUAUGGUGCCGGCAGGCCGGCGAUGCUCUCCAAGCACUAUGUGAGAAACUGCCGCGCGUUCUUGAAACUCAACUAUCCGCUGACGGUCAAGACGGACGCUCGCUUCAUUAGCACCUUGGAGCUGCUGAUUAUCCGAGAGACGCAUUACGACGCUAUGGCGCCUUAUGACCAGCCUGUCGAUGCGAGGAUGCUCUCCAAGAUGCGCAAAGUAACGGAAGAGCUCAACGAAUGGCACCAGUACUGGUCGUCGGAUUUCGAAGCUCGAGGCUACACGCACGAGUCGUUCUUCCAGCAGUCUCUCGUGCUUCAAUGCGCUAGUGCCGAACUGUACCUCUCGUGUACAGCGCUGCGCGGCAUCCGUGAUGCCAACGACGCCGACCAGAUGGGUCCCGAACAAAAGGAACUCAUCAUCCAAGCUACGCGUGCAGCAGACACCUGCCUCUCGAUCUCGGUCAACGCGAAAGAGUACCGCGAAAUGCUUGGUUGGGCUCCGCACUACACACACGUCACUGCCGCUUUCGCCUGCGUAUUCCUCAUCAAAAUCGCUCGCCUUUUCCCACGACAGGUCGAUACCUACGGCAUUUUCAGCAAUGCCGAAAGGCUGGCCAGCCGGUUGGCCGAGGUACCCGCCAACAAAUAUGCUAGAGUGAUCAGAAUCUUGUUGGCACAAGCGUGGAAGAAGAUCGCUGAUCUGAGUCCGGCGAUCGGCCUGUACGCAGCGUUGGGCGCCGAAGCGACCAGACCUGGGGCGAUCACUCCUGCCGAGAUCAAGACGGGCGGACCGAGCGAUUCAGGCAUUAGCUUGUUGUACAAGCUCUUGCAAGAGUACCAGAGUGGUCAGAUCGACGGUGAGGAAGGAGGAGCGGAUGGGUCAAUGGUGAAUAGUACAAGUGUCAAUGCGCCCAAUGCGCCCAAUGGUGAGGGACAAGGUGGAUCCGGUAUUCGUACUCCCGGAUGGAAUGAUCUGGCUAGCAGUGGCAAAUGGUUGACGACUAGCAUAUCGUCUCCGAGUGCAGGUGUGGGUGUGCUUGGUGGGGGAGGCUCUGGAACUAUCUCGCCGAGCAAAGCUGGGCUGUGGGGGUUAUUUUCUCGACGCGCAAGCAUCAACGGCGUCGAUCACGGCGUUGCCGGAAACGCGACCGGUGCCGACGGAAUGUGGAAUUCUUUCUUCGCUACGCCGGCCUUUGGCGAUGAGAACACGUCGACCCAUCAUCCGAUCCAGUUGCCACUUUGGAUGCAGGAGAGCACAGGUGCCUGCGCGUCCGAUAUGACUUUUGGAGACGCUUCUGCACCAGUCGGCUCGGAGCCGCCACCUGCGAAAUCGCCGGCUCAGGCCACAAGCUGGAAUCAGCAGAAUCACUAUCAAUCUCCAGUGCCGCAUCAGUACACGUCUUCGUCGCCGUAUCCGACGGCAUCAACAAUGCUGCAGAACCAUGCGAGGAACGAUGGCCUCGUUUCGCGUUUGCCGCCGCAUGAUCAGACGCAACAUCGACAUUCCAAUUCGUUGGGUCUGGCCCCGCCGCCAGGGUCUCCUGGGUCAGCCUUGCACCAGUCACAGCACCAGCGACAACAGCAACGCCAAGCACACGCACAAGCAUGCGAUAGUCCCGGCCUCUCAAACGUCCCAGCGUCGACCAACUUUGAUAGCGUCUUGUCAGACCUUGGAUUGCCUCUCGACGGGCUCGAUGGAUUGUUUGUAGACCUCCCCAUCAACGCUCCCACUGGUCAGAGCAAUUAUUCUGUGUAG